AUGAAGGAUAGUCUUCCUCUUUGCGAUAUUUUUUAAAAUUAAAAUUAAUAUUAGAGAAUUUGUGGAAAGAUUUUUUGGCCGCAGCAGGAUUUUUGGAAGCACUAAAGCAGGGAUCUGUCAGGUGGUCGUUAAAUGGAAUGAUGUGACGUAAAUCUUGUUGGCACCACUGAUCGAGAAAUAUGCGGCACGAUAACAAAGUAGUCUAAGUUCAAGCACAAAAGAUUUGGCACCAAAUUAAAAUUAAAUUAAGCAUUCGCUGGCAUCAGUCUUCAGAAUGCCGCCGUGACAUACGGACAAAAAAUAACUAAAAUUGUGCUGGGAAAAAUGUGAAAGUUUGAUUUUAACAAUGUGAAAAAAUACGCAAUUUAUUUUAAUAAUAAUAAAAAUGUGAAUAAUGCAGGGGUUCCGACUCUGUGCAGUUACGCCACACAUUUACGUGAGCCGAGUACUUCGCAAAGGUCGUUGUAAUAACUGUAAAAACGCUAAUCUGACAUUUUCAGUUAUGUACGUGUUCUAAUCUUUUUAAUUUGCUUUAUUUGCCCAAUUUUCGUGCACGAUUUUUUAUUUCCAAUGCCAUCGUUAAACGUUUCCAAUUGGCGAAAAACAUCUGGCUCCCAUUAGCUUCACGAAAUUCUCCGUUUUAGCAGAAUGACCGUGAAAAAAGUACAAGACCGGAAACUCACCGGAGACGUACUUUUUCCGGACAUUAACACCGAAUGUUUUCGCAAAUAAUUGGCAAGAAUUUGUUUACUUGACCCGGCUAGUACAAGAGUUGAGUAAUUUUUGGAGUAAAUAAUUGUUUACAUUUGCUAUUAGCAUCGCGAUAUUUGCUCGUUGAUCUCUCGAGUUCUAAUUAGUUGCGUGCUCCGUUAUCGCACAAUGAGAACAAAAUUGAGGGUGAGUGGGUAUUUAGAUGAAUUAUUUAAUUACGGCGAUACCAACCGGCAGUAUGCGAAUUUUCAAAGACUCUGAUUUAUUUUGAAUUAAAAAAAGUGUUUGGAAUUAAUUUCGUCAAGAUGCUCGCGAUGGAUAACGAUUACGACCAUUACGAAUGGCUCAUCCCUAACGAAAUAUUAAUGUCCCAAGAUGGUGGAGUAACGCACUCCUCGCACCGGCCCUCGAGACACCGUUCCCCCACGACCAGCACCAACAGAACGGACAUGGAAGACGGAAGUCACGUCUACUUGGACGAUUCGGGGCCAGCAGAAGCCGAUAAUUCCGAUAUUUGUUACACUUCGUUUUUUUCCAACGGUAGCAGUGAACACGUCAAGCAGGACGAUGAGACCGACAACAUCGAUCCCAAAAUUAGUGCAACACUUGAACAGUUAUCGAAUAAAAUAAUUAGAGUGAGAGAUCUCAUAAAGACGGAACAGAAAAUGAGAGACGACAACGUAAACGAAUAUCUUAAGCUGGCAGCUAACGCCGAUAAACAGCAAGUCCAAAGGAUCAAAGCCGUUUUCGAGAAAAAGAAUCAAAAGAGUGCACAGGUCAUAUCGCAGUUGCAAAAAAAGCUGGACACGUAUCAGAAACGCGUUCAUGAAUUAGAAACACACGGAUUAGUUCAAAGUCAUAGGCCCCCCAGAGAGGUUUUACGUGAUAUGGGACAAGGCUUGAAGAAUGUGGGUGGAAAUAUCCGAGAUGGUAUUACAGGGUUCAGCGGAUCGGUCAUGUCGAAGCCUAGAGAGUUUGCUCACCUAAUUAAAAAUAAAUUCGGAAGUGCGGAUAACAUCAGCCAGCUUUCGAGUGGUGUUUUGGUCCCCUUUUCUUUCCAUAACUUAUAUCUUAGUUCAAGGCCCGGAGCAACCGGAUCUGAAGGUAGCGCAGCCAAUGGUGGUACCGGAAGUGACCAAGGGGAGAAGGUGCACCAUGGGUCGGCUACCUUGCCGGCGACGUUGCACACGGCCACGUCGCAGACCUCGAUGGGUCAAGCCCAUAGGGCGAAGUUUCCCAGUGAUGAGGGCAGCGAGUGUAGCAGCGUUACCAGCGAUAGUAUCGGAAGAUUCGGGAGAGGUCAAGAGACCGGUUCAAAUCAAGACUCACUCAAAGCCCUGUACAAACAACUAACAACAAAACAGGAAGAGAUCGAAGCUUUGAAAGAAAAGCUGGAGCAGAUGAAGUCGCUACCGCAGGAAAUACAGUAUCUGCAUGCCGCACUGCAGGAGGAGAGAUUUCGAACGGAACGAUUAGAGGAGCAAAUUAACGAUUUAACCGAACUGCAUCAGAACGAAGUCGAGAAUUUGAAGCAGGCAAUGGCCGACAUGGAAGAGAAAGUGCAAUAUCAAAGCGAGGAACGUCUCAGGGAUAUCCACGAAAUUUUAGAACACUGUCAGACUAAAAUACAAAAAAUGGAGCAUCAAGCGCUCCAGCAACAGCAGUACGUCACGCUCGAAGGCUUGGAUAAUUCCAACGCCCGAGCUCUAGUUGUCAAAUUAAUAAACAUACUGCUCACUGUUCUCCAGGUUGUCUUACUCCUAGUGGCCACAGGGGCCGGUAUCAUAAUGCCGUUUCUCCGUACAAGGGUGAGAAUUCUUACAACGGUGUUCAUAGUGUUAGCAACAGUUUUUAUCUUAAGACAAUGGCCAGAAGUACAAGACAUUGGUUCUCACGUAAUGAAGCGUCUGAAAGAUAUGUUAGACCCCGUCAAAUAGCAUUUACCUUACCCCUUUAGCGAAUAAACUCUCUAGUUUGCAAAUAUGGCAUUUGAUGAACGUCUAUAUUAGACUCAAUGAGAUUGUCCCGGCAGACCUAACUACAAACACGAAGAAAAUUUGUGAUACUUGUUUCUAAAAAAGAAUGUUCGUGUUUUAGUUAGGUGCACUUCUCACGAUACGCCAUACUCGUCGGUAGUUGCUUGUUCACAAAUCAAAAUAUUUUGCAAACAAUGCUUGACUGAACGGUCAGUGGAUUGUGAUUUUAGUUCAAUUCUGUAGGGUUAAGUUUUCACAAUUAUUUUAAAGUAGCACUUGAUUUGCUGUUGACGAAUUACGAUUUUUAAACCGUUUUGUUGGUAAAGUGUUGCAAAUGUUCGUCCAUUUUAGAGUAGGAACUUUACAUAUUUGUUUCGUGUCAGCUCCUGUAUUAUUUAUUCGUUUAAGACGGCUUCACUAUAUUUAUAAAUUAUUUAAUAGGUUCUCUUUAUAUUUUUGUCAUCUUAAAAUAAAGGUUUAUUUUUUCUGU